AUGUGUGACAUCAUAUGUAGUGAGAACAGAAAGCUCUGCCGUCGUGUGCCGUUUCGAUGCCACGACAAAAGAAGAAGGCCGCAUGCGGAGGCUCCGUCGCGCCGUGCAUCGGCCAGGGACGCUACAGAAAAACCGAAGAAGUCGCCCCGUCGCUAAAAGAAUUCAUGCAGACGACUGCUCGCAAGAAAACGACCCUGAGGCGGUCAGAGACGCCGCCCGAAGAGGCGAAGAGUCGAACAUGGGGCCGAGCGACUUCUCGGCGGACGAGCCCGAGUGUCUUUGCCGGUUGGAGUCACACGAUUGCGACUCAGUCAGACGGUUUAGGGAUGAGAGAGUGGAGUCCGGCUGUUGGUCAGCGACUGACUGAGUCGCAUUCGUGUAGCUCUAUACGGGACACUCGCGCGGUGCUGACUCCAUGCCGCAGUGACGGUCGUUUGAAUGGACGAGCCGGCGUCGUGACAUCAACGCCGUGGACGUCGGAUAUCUCACUGGAUGACUGUACGCGGCAUGUGUCACCGAACGGAGCCGAUACCGAGAGCGAUGAGUCAGGAUUGGGUCAGUGUGAGUUGAGGCGGCCAGCGAGACUGUUGCCGCGGCAACUCUCUAAAUCUUACAACUCAGUAGUCAAAAUGACGGCAUUCAGUUCAAUGAAAGGUGAAGAAGAAGAGACCAUUCAAUCAGAGAGAUCUCUUCCUGUUGGUUGGGAAGUUGCAAGGACAGCCACAGGCUGGAAAUAUUAUAUCAAUCACAACAUGGCAACAACUCACUGGAGUCAUCCAGGAGAGCUAGAAGAGUUACCAGACGGAUGGGAGAAAAUUCAGUCAGCAAAAUAUGGAACAUACUACGUGAACCACAUUUUUAAACAGACACAGUAUGAACGUCCAAGACGACCACGAGGUUCCAGUCUUCCUCGUCAUUCUGUCUCUCGGUUAUCUUUAGAGUCGAGAUCAAGUGGAGGCUCACACACUGCAGCAUCCCACAGACUGAGCGUCUACAGUCAGAACAGCAUGACAUCUCAAACUUCAAACAGCACAGAACUGAAGGCGUCAGAUGAAAUACCAGAUUGGCUGCUAGUGUACUCACGUACACACACUGACGAUCACAUGCUCAAGGUUGGUAGUAUGCAGUGGGAGGAGCUGUUUAGUUGUGAAGAUCUGGAAGUUUGGGAUAAGAUGCUACUCAAGCUGCAUAGGAAGGAGUUGGAGCGUAUUGUCAUGCAAUAUGAAGAGUACCGAGUCGCACUCACAAAGGCCAUUAAUCAGAAAGAAUGGCAAGAGAGGCGAACUCUACUAAAACUAGUCGCAAUGGCCGAGGAAACAUUUGUAUAGUGAAUUUGAUUUUAUAAUAUUUGAAUUGCUGACAAUGAAGAGAUAGCUAACACAUUGACGUUGGUGAAGUUUUGCAUAGUUAUUAGAGAGCAGUUUUAUAUCAACACAACAUUCCUGCUUGGAAGAAUGUUAUGUUUAUUGGUUGUUCAGUUUGAACUAACAUUUAUUGUAGGAAAUGCAACAGUAUUGUGAGACUCU